AUGAGCAGCCCAGCCGCUCUCUCAGGGGAGAUGCUGCUCGUUCGCCACAUUCCCUUGACUCACGGUCAGUCAGUGGGGUGUCAGCUCUACAGCUCUGUGACUAAACCAACCCGCCCACGCUCCUUAAACCUCACUCACAGCGCUUCAUUGCCUGAGAGGACCGGUCUGCCUGGAGAAGUGGUGCAACACGACGGACCGAAUCAAAACGGCAAGGGUGGCUCUAAGAAGGAGGAGGAGGCGGUCAGUGGACAUGGAAGCACUGAGGGACAGUUCGAUAACACCUCUCCAAUCGUUCACAGCGGAGAAGGGACCUCUUCGUCGACUGACACCCACGGAAAAGCCGAAUGCGCCGGGGAAAGGCGUACCCCUCGCUGGCACAACCCGUUUCUCCCGGAUUCGGAGGUCGAGGAGGAGGACGAGGACGAAGACGAUUCGGACGGUGACAACUUGCACAAGUACCGGGAGGAUUCCUCGUUUCAGCUCCACGGAAACUGCGACGGAGCGGGGAUCGAAUUGGGCGCGUGGUACGACACAGACUUUGUCCAGAACAACCAUUACAAGGCCAGGUGUGGUCUGUACAUCCCUGAAGAGGCUAUUUCCAUUCAGGACAUGGACCAGUUUGGACCCCUGAAAGAGUGUAAAGAACCGGAGGGCUUGCACUCAGCUGAGUGCCAUGAACGCCGGGACAGCAGAAGCACCCCAAUGCAAAUGGACUCUGAGGACCAAGAAUGGGAGAACGAUAAUGAGGAAUACGGGAAAUAUGACACUGAAAAGGAGGCGCUUUACGAGGAAUCCAGCGACCACGACUGCGGCCACGUGUCUAAAUAUCGUCCGGAGUCCGAUAACUUCGCGGAGAACCACGGCGACUAUGUUAGCGACUCUUCUUGCAACAGCUCAGAUGGAGUACUGGUGAACUUCAGUGCUAUCUACAACAAAACAAACAACGUGGUACCCGCCAUGCCGCUGGACCUCGACAGUUCCGACAAGCAGUCCCAAGAAACGGGUUCCACGUCACAGGAUGACCUCAGCGCUGCACCCUGCUGGUCACCUCGAGGUCUUGACCCAAACUGCAACUCCAUCUACCCGUUCGACUCUGACGGGCUGUCUUUCCUGGAGGUGCCCGACAUCGCUUCCUGCCUCCAGAGCCAGGCUCGACUGGCGGCCUCGACACAAAACUAUUAUAAGCUGGUGAGCUGUGAUCUGUCGUCGCAGUCGUCACCCAGUCCGGCCUGGUCGUCUGUGACCAGCCACUCAGAGGGUCAUAGUCAGAGCAGUUCCAUCUCACCCACUGGGUACUUCCUCUUCGGACAACCCAACAGAGAGGUAGGCGUGGGUGCCAAGGAUGACAGCAAGAAUGAGGAAGAGAAGAAACCACAAAUAAUUGUUACAGACCUGCUGAAAGGAAAGAAGGAAAUGCAAUUCAAUGCAAUUAAAAAAGUUCAACCCGUCGCUGCAGGAACUCGUAAACGUGAUAGCCCCAAGCGCAGCAUGCAUCCUCGUUCUCUGAGCUUGGUCCUGAUCCAAGAAUGCAUCACUUCAAUAGGUCAGGGAGCACUGAGACGUGUGCAGAGUUGCCCCAGGCAUCUAGACAUGUGGGUGACCCAGUCCAAGCCUCUACCAAGGCAACGUGUUACUUCGUUUGCAAAGAUUGCCCAGUGCAAGAAGGGAGAUAGUCAGGCAUCAUUUACGAGGAACGGUAUCAAGGCCCACCAAUCAUGCUCUUUCUCCUUGGUCAGUCAGAAUAUUCACAAGGGGGAAAAUCUACUAGAUUUGCCUCCCCAAAAUCUUAGCCCCGCUCAGAGCGACAAGACAACGGUGAAAUCAUUGAGUCAUGAAGCAGGAGCUUGUUGUUCAUCGGCAGAGACGGUGCAACACACAAAACCUCAGAGGCCGACUUCCCUGCCUAUCCAACCCUUCAUCUUACAGCCGCCUACAGGAAACCAGCAGACCAGAGCCUUUGGCUCUCUGCUCAACCAGUAUAUAAACCAUAAGCAUGGUAAAUCAGGGGCAUCAAAGUACCAAAGCAAAACCGCGGGGCUGCUGUCCCACCUGCGGCCCUCACCGGCGGCCGGCUGCUCCUCUAACCAGCUUGAGGUCGCUACCAGCUCAGAUAGCUGCUCCACAUGCACCCCAAGUCCGCCUCAGCAUCAAGCCUGUCCACGCUGGACCCAGCCCAGUCCACUGCUGGGCCUGCAUCCUUCAGGACACAGACAAAGCAGCCCACGCAAGCAAGUUCAAACCGGCGCGAUCGAAGGCGAAACCAGCUCCGCACGAACGCACGCCGGCGUUGAACAGACCGUCUCGAACCCUACCAAAACGUGCAAUCCCAAAACCAUCGUGGGCAAUCUCGCCACGGAUCAUACACAGGAUUCUCUACACAAACAAAUCUCACCCUUUGAGAUUCCAUGGUCACCAUCCUUUAGAGAAGAGUUACUGGUCCCAGUGCCAUUGGAGGCGUCUGACCAUUCUCACGAGAGCUCGUCUCCAGCCGUAACCUCAGUGACUUCGCUGCCCACCAUGACCUCCAUCAGCUCGCUUCCUGGUGCUGGACAACGGUAUCCAUGCCAACCAAACCCUGCCAAACAUCACCACGCCAAAGAUGAGCUCAGUAGCCUGGCGGCUCAUGUUCUAAGGCCUUUGGUCCAGAACCGUUUUGCACUGAAAGACCAUCACCAGGGCAGUGACUCACUCUCCUUGACUGACAGACCUCCGGAAGAGUUCUCGCUAUCACCAGACAGCUCUGCCGAAUUCCGUUCUAUUGACCUGCUGCAAAAACGAGAUAUGUUGACAGCUGUGAGCUCUGCGGUAGAUCUGAUAACGGCACACUUCAGCUCCUGCCGUGACCCUGAGGAAAAGGUGAGACUAGGGAAUAGCUCUUUAUGCCCUGGUGUCAGUCAGCUGGUCCUGGAGAAGCUCUGCCCCGCGAUCCAGAACAUUCUGAAAGACGGACUGAGACUGUGCAAACUGGACCUGAUCGUCGGACAGCGCCGUAACCGCGUCUGGAACGUGGUGGAGGCGUCUAUACAGCCUGGCCCGUCCACUCGCAUGCUCCACAGCCUGCUCUCCGUGGUGAAGAAAUGCACCCUGCUGGUCAACCACAGCAUGAGGCUCAACGCUUUCAUCUUCGGCCUGCUCAAUUUGCAUGCGCUGGAAUUCUGGAUUCAUCACUUGUACAAUUGUGUGGACGUUCUAGCUGCUCAUUAUCACCAGUGGGGUUUCCUGCCGCUGUCUCGGGGGCUGUUUUGUCGGUCCCUGUUCCAGGAGCUGCUCCUCCUCCUGCAGCCGCUCUCCCUUCUUCCGUUUGACCUUCACCUGCUGUCAGAGGCGCGCCUCCGCAGUAGACAGGAGCAAAGGCGUCAUACGCGCCAGAAGCUCUCAGCACAGGGGAGGCAUCUCAGCCAGUCAGCUAAUGCAGACCUCCACGCAGGCACGGUGAAGGAGAAACGGGAGCGUGCGACCUGGAUGCGCUCAAUGCCGAGCGCUGAGGUGGCUGUGAGGGGCAAAGCCUCCUCCCCGAGCGAAAGACUUACAGUCUGUUGCGCCCGCCUCAUGGAAGAUCCUCAGGUCUACGGAGACGCCUCCUCUCGCACGUCGAGGCCUGACUCCGUCCAGGAGGGGAAGAAGACGAACGCUGAUGAAAACGGAGAGACGCAGUCUCGCGGCAAAGCUGGAUGGUGGCUGGGACAAACCCCCGUCACCGACGGCGCCGCGCCGAAAACUCCGUCCGGUAGCAGUCCGGAGAGUAGGAACAAAGAGGUCAAGGGUCGCGUGGAUGUGACCCCUGAGGUCGCUUCAGGGGCCCAGACGACAACACAGGGGCUUCGCUGGGCCAGAUUAUUUGGCUCCACGGCAGGUUCCCCACCCAAGACUGAGGGGGCAGAGCAGAGACUGGGCGGAGCCAGGAGGAGCAGGCUCCCCUCGCAAUGGCUCUGGCUAGGAGGACCAAAGCUGGACUUUCUUGCCUAG